AUGUCUGUUUCCCCGCUAAUCGUAGACUUGUGGUUGGCUUUUGAUGAGAAAAAACGAUGCCCGUGGCGUGGUAGCGUGAGCAAUGAACGUCUUGACGAUGCGGAGGAUGAGCGAGGUGUGACGACGUCUCCUGCCGACCGGCGAUCCCGGUCCCCACCUGGCAUGGAAACAGAUCGUCAGGCAAGUUCAAGAACCUGCGGGCCACUGUGCACGUUCUGUUGCAUACAUAGCCAAUUUCCUUUUUAGGUCUUAAUUGAUCUACGUAAUUCUAUUCAAGACGAAGUUCGGUUGAUGAGAAGCUACACGUACACACGAGACUGAUUUGUAAAGGGCAACGGCCUCGUGUGGCCCCACCGAGUUCAUUUCCCCGUUCCUCUGUCUCAGCCGCCGCUUAUUACCGUAACCUUGCCCUUGCUCUUACAUUUCCGCCACGCUCGAACUUCGCGGAUUGUCUUCCUGGUUCGCCUUGAAUGGCGCCUUCGUACGGGAGCUUAUUGGAAAUCGGAAUCGGUCGAGCGCGACUCGAAUUCAGAUACAACCAGCUUGAAUACAAAGAUAGAAGUUAAUCGUGCUUACACUCUGUUCAAGUAA